AUGACAGAUAAAGCUAGCCUCACGCACAGAACAGGAAGUCGUAAAGCUGACUGGGCUCGAUCUCCUUCAACACUGCAGAUGGAUUUCCAGAGGCAGCUCCUGCACAUAGAGCAGUCCCUGGGCACAGAGGAUGUGGAGGCCUUAGUGUUUCUCUGCACGAAGGUCUCACGGCGCAGUUUAAACUCGGUGGAGCUCUUCAAAGACCUGUGUAACAGCCUUUCAGAACAGGAGCUGCUCUCACCCGAGAGACCCCAGCUCCUGAAAGAGCUUCUGCUCACGAUACAUCGACCACUCCUCGCCCGAAACCUCCAGAGAGACGACUGGGGGCCGACGACACCGCUCAUUUCGCAAUACAGAAAACUGCUCUACAGUCUCUCCGAAGAUAUAACCGAUGAAGACCUGAAAAAUAUCAAAUUCCUUUUAAACCAAAAACUGCCUCGAAGAAAGCUGGAUGAAAGUGUCACAACAUUGAAGCUUUUCUUGGAGAUGGAACAGAUGGAUCUCCUCAGUGAAUCUAAUUUCGACUUACUGCACGACAUAUUUGAGUCUGUGUGUCCAGUGCUUAAUGAGAAAAUCAAUCGCUACAAGGAACAAGCACCGCCUGCGGUUGUUGAGGCCCCUGUGACUGUUCCGAUGGACGAGUUCCAGCAGCCUCUAAACGUCCGACCUCAAUCUCCGCGUGGAGCAAACCAUGUCCCAGGCUUGCAAUUGCCUGGGGUUAGUUUGGACGUUCCACAGGACCCUGGUGUGACUCAGCAGCAAGUUGGAAAUCCAAAGAUUGGGACUAAUUUACCCUCAAUAAAAGACCUCAGAAAAACAUCUUUGGUGAACAAUGUUUACAAUGGAGUCACAAACGAGGAGAUAGGAACAUAUCCAAUGACUGGAGUCAGAAGAGGCAUCUGCUCGAUAGUAAACAAUUACAAAUUCAGUGGUAAAAAGUUACGUGAAGGGACGCAGAUUGAUCAAGAGUGCCUGGAGCAAGUCUUCCGGUGGCUGGGCUUUGAGGUGGAGGUCCAUCCCGACUGCAGCAGUAAGAAGAUGGUGUCAGUGAUGGAAGAGCUCAGCAGAAGAGACCACAGCGACAUGGACUGUGUGGUGUGCUGCUUUCUGAGCCACGGUUUUGAAGGAGGCAUAUAUGGAGUGGAUGAUAAAUCUGUUCACAUCGAGCAGCUGAAAAUGUUCUUCAAUGGAUCCAAAUGCCCCUCUCUUGUUGACAAACCAAAGCUGUUCUUCAUCCAAGCCUGCCAGGGGCUCCUGGAACAACAAGCGGUCAACCUCCAGACGGACGGCCCGAGUUGCAUUGAAAGCGAUGCUGCUAAAGUUGAUGUGUCGAUUCCUUCUGGUGCUGAUUUCCUGCUGGGAAUGGCCACAGUUCCAUCAUAUGUUUCCUACAGAGAAAAGUCAAGUGGCUCCUGGUUUAUUCAGGCUUUGUGUAAAAACCUCAUCCAGAUGGUUCCCAGAGGAGAAGAUCUUGUUUCUAUCCUGACCAAGGUGAAUGCCGAUGACCAGUGUCCUGUGACUGUGUGCGCGGACACCAGUCUGAUGCUCAGAGGAGGUACUGAGAAAACUCCUAUACAAAUCCUUCAUGAGUAUGGUACCAAAACUGGUGACCUACCUGUGUACCUGCUGGAGAAGUCUGAAGGAGAGGCUCACCAGCCCAGCUUUGUGUUCAGUGUGCAGGUUGGAGAAGUGAGCUGUACCGGCCAAGGCUCAAGUAAAAAAGCAGCAAAGCAUCAGGCUGCUGAGGCUGCUCUGAAGAUUCUGCAGAUUGAUGGAAGAGCACAGAACAUCCCUGUGAAGUCCGAGAGCAAUGGUGUAGCAGCCGACACCAGCAACUCGGUGGGGAAACUGCAGGAGAUUGCUUUACAGAGAGGCUGGCGUCUGCCUGAAUACACAGUAAUGAUGGAGGCCGGCCCUCCUCACAAACGAGAGUUCACAGUUACGUGUCGAAUGGAGUCUUUGACUGAGAAAGCAAUUGGAAACACUAAGAAAUCGGCAAAAAAAGCUGCUGCAGAGAAAUUGAUGGCAAAGCUACAAAGCCUCUCUGAUAGUUCUGAAAUAACAUGGACACUUAAAUCAAGCAUUCGGCUGGACAACCUGCGCAUCUCAACAGCUGAAAAAAUAUCUCUAUUAAGAAGAAACCCACUAAGCAUUCCAAACACAGAUUACAUCCAGAUGAUGCUGGACCUCUCCAAAGAACAAGGCUUUGAAGUCACAUAUUUUGAUAUUGAUGAAUUAACUGUAAAUGGCCAGUACCAGUGCUUGGCAGAGCUGUCCACCUCUCCGGUCACCGUGUGUCAUGGCACCGGCAUUUCCUGUAGUAACGCACACAAUGACGCCGCCCACAACGCCCUGCAGUACAUCAAGAUCAUGGCCUCCUCAAAGUAA